AUGCAAAUUCAAUCCAAUAACAUAAUUAAUGAUGUUAUACCAUCAACCGUAUUGGGUACAUCUUAUGAUUUCAAUGCCUUAUUCAAUUCUCAAGUCUACAAUAAUGAAUCAUAUUCAGAUAAAUACUAUAGUGGUUUAGAUAGUUCACAACCUACAAUUUAUAGGAAAUAUCCUUUACCUCAUCCGUCAAGAUCAAAUAUCCUUACUAAGGCAACUUCAAAUAUAAUUAAACAAAGUUUUAAAUGGGUUGUUGCCAAUGUUUCAGAAAAAGUUAGAAUAAAUAAUAGACAAUCAUCAAGGACUGAUUCAGAAAUUCAAGCUGAUAAUAUAGUUGAAGAUAUUUAUGAUACACAUUUAUUCCUUGAUUUAAAAUUUGAUGGUGACGAUAGUAGAAUUGAUAAUUCUGAUCAAUAUAAAGAUUAUUUAGAACAAAUUGAGGUUGGUGAUGAUGUCGCUAGUAUGGAAUCAUUUGAUUCUAAAGAGAAAAGUACAGAGAAUUUCCAUACUAUUAAUUUAGAACCUAUUACAACAAGAAAAUCAAAAGGUUAUGAUUUAAAUUUAAGUUCAUUGUUUCCUCCAUCUCCACCUUCUGUUAAACGAUCAAUUAAUAAAUUGAAUCUGACAAUUAUUGCUGAUGAAAAUGAUGAAGAAUAUGUAGAGCAAAAACCAGAAAAUCAAUAUGUUUAUUCCAAUUUUAAAUCAUUUAAAUGGUGGAAGAAUGAGAUUGGAUCUCAAGAAAUCUCUCAAAAGAGAAUUGUCCCAACAUUAUCUCGUCAUCCUCGAGUUAUUAAAAGAAAUAGAAAUUCAAAUAACUUUUCAAUUGAUGCAAUUCUUGAAGCUAAUGAUGAAGAACGAUUAGCUCUGGCUAUUAUUAAAUCGAGAAAAGUUUACAAAGAGGAUGAGGAAUAA